AUGUCUAGUGUUUUCCUUCGCUUACUCGCUGUGUCUGCCAUUGCCUAUGGCAAAAUCUAUGUUGACGCUGUCUGUCAUGCUCUAGGUGCUAUUCUCUCGAAUGUUCAGGGUUCUAUCCCUGACUGUGCUAGGACCUACACUGUCCAGCUGGGCGAUUUCUGCGACAAGAUUUCGGCUCAGCAAAACGUUUCUACAUUCCAACUGGCAAGCGUAAACAAUGGAAUAAUCGAUGCCGGAUGCGACAAUUUGGUCGUUGGAGAGGUACUCUGCCUGGGGCUCAUUGGGCAUGACUGCACAGACGUUCACGUAGUUGUCGAGGGAGACACGUGUGAAUCCAUUGCUCUUGAGUCCGGUAGCAGUAUAUCCGCCAUUCUAUCCAACAAUCCCAAUGUUAAUUCUGAAUGCACUAAUAUUGGCAUUGGCGAGGUAACCGUUGGUUUUUUAUCUACAAAUAAACCCAAAGCUCAAGGACACAUUUUACCCAAGGUUCUCUGUGUUGCGCCUACUGUGAUCAACUCUACAAACACAGAUUAA